GAUAGAGGGGAACUGUUCAUAACUGUUUACCUUUUCGGCCAAAACGUCGCCGUUUUGGUCGGGAAAACGGGAGAACAGUGAGCGCUCCGCGCCCCUCAAUCUUGGGUGUGCCGAUAGUUUUCACAGUAAACCAAUCCAUGCCCGGUUGUCCAUUGCGAGCAAGCGUUACCACUCCGCGCCCCUCAACCAACUCCGGUUGACCCACCUCGCAACACUUCUCCGGCGCCGCCCCACAAAAGCUGUGAAAAUCGCCCUCCCCCAGCCCCCCAAAUUAGGGUUUUUGAGCUACAAAAGCCAUAGAGUAAAGCAGUGACAAUGGCGGAUUCGAUUUGCCGAGCACUGCGAGACGGCGCGUUAGAGGGAGAACACGCGCCCGCUCUCACAAUUAAGGACAACAUCGCUUCGCCCUUUGGGUUCGACGUGUUCUCUCACGUUCUCUCUCAGCUCUCCUCCAACAUUUUGGCGGGAAAAUCACAGUCACGAGGUCUCGUACUUGUUGCGUUUCGUCGAAGUCCGUCGUUUUAUGUGGACUUCUUGAAGAGAAAAGGCGUAGAUAUUUCUUCGUCUCAUAAAUGGAUUCAGAUUUUGGAUUGUUACUCAGAUCCUCUCGGUUGGAAAGAUGGUUUUUCUCUUGAAACUUCCAAUGUAGCUAGUUCUUGUAAGAAUGUGAAGGAUGUGCAUAAGUUGUUAUCGACGAUAAUCGAACUUGGUCAAGGAUUGGUUGGGCAAGGAAAAGUUCGUUUUUCUGCCGCAAUAGACUCGGUAAGUGAAAUGGUAAGACAUGCGUCGGUGUCAUCAGUUUCAGGCCUAUUGAGCAACCUUCGUAGCCAUGAUCAGGUUUCAAGUAUCUUUUGGCUGUUACAUUCAGAUCUUCAUGAAGACAGGGUCACUGCUGCUUUCGAGUACCUCUCCACCAUGGUGGCCAGUGUAGAACCGUUAAAUCAGUUUGGAAAUGGACAGAGGAGUAAUAUGAAUACCUUUCCUUUGCUUGAACAAAGUUUUGCUAAAGGGAAGUUUCAUGUCCGAUUCAAGCGUAGAAAUGGACGAGUUCGAGUGGCGUGUGAAGAGGUUCGUGUAGAGCAGUCAGAUGUUAACUUUACAUCCGUUUCAUCUGACAAUGGAAUGAUAAAUGAAGGCCUUAUUCCGAAGGUCCAGUUUAAUCUUCAGCUCUCAGAGAAGGAGCGAAUUGACAGGGCUAAUGUUGUCCUUCCAUUCGAACAUCAAGGGAAUGGUAAACCUAUACAAAUCUAUGAUGGUCGAAGAUCUCUUAUGGAUACAAAAAAUGAGAUAACAUCUGUUUCAACCGGGAAAUCAGAAACGAAUGAUUCUAGCAAAGGCGAGAUAAUAUAUUUCCGUGAUUCAGAAGAUGAGAUGCCUGAUUCUGAUGAGGACCCAGAUUAUGAUUUGGAUAUAUAAUUUUGUUUGCAUUCUCACUAGUCACUGGCAAUUGUUAAUCUCUUUAUUACCUUUAUUUUUGAAAUUGCUAGUGACAGUUGUUUGAGUUCACCAUCUAAAUGAAUUAUCCCACUGUAAACUAUGUGAUAUAGAAGGUAUAUAAAACAUCAUCUAGGAUGUUUAAAGUUACUAUGAAUUACUGGUGGCAGUAGUUGCUCUUUACUAUGAAUUGCCUUGGAAAUUAUUUCUUGCUGUUAUCCAUCCUAGGGCAGAUGUUAGCAAAGCUAUGGACCGAUUAAUGGAGAUUGGCGAAAGCUUGGAAUUGAUUGCAGGGCUAGAUGGUACAUCAAUUGCUUGUUGAAGUUGAUUUCUAUAAUAAUACAGAAGUUGAUUGAAGCCUCAGUUGUAUCUUUUCCUUGUAUCGGAUACGGCGCAAGGAAUUAUAUUUCAUGGUGGACACCUGCCGACAUAUUUUGAGAUGAAGGCUGGAAGUUGGAUCUUUAUUUCCGGUACACUAUUUUUCUUUGAGCUUCAUUCGGGUUUACUGAUGGAACUGGUUAUUCGUGGUGCCGUGUUUCCUAUAGUAGUAGUUAUAUGUAUGAAUUGGUGUUUGUAAUGCCUUUUCAUAUUUUGAAUUAUAUAUAUCCAUUUAAAAAAAAAUCAUUCAAGUCAAUCCUCCCUUCAAGGUUUUAAAUUGCACAAUCAGGUACUUGGGAGUUUUGCCUUGACGAGGUGAGACGUAAGACUCAAAAUAAAAUUAUAAAAAUAAUUCGAGCAGUUGAAAAGAAAACUUAUAAAUCGUAACGUAGAAAUCAUAGAAAGUCACAUCACCACUUAACAAAAAGCAACCUAGUAUAAAAUAAUUCUA